CACGGACCAUCGCACUCGCGCGGUCCUCUCGGUUUACCCCCUCCAGGCUCCAGCUUCGGCGGCACUACCACCACCUCCGCGCGCGGCGUGUUUUUUCGCGCUGCCGCACACAUACCUACGUCACCUGGCGGCUGUACUAUAGUAGCGUAGGUAAGCCAUAGGUACCUACGCCGAGCUGAGAGACUGUUGUAUGCGCCGCGCCGCGCGACACAACCAAAUAGUAGCCAGAGCAGCAGCGAGCUCUCCGCGCGCGACGACGCUCCUCGACGAGCCCUAGAUUUACGAUACACAUAUAUACACGCAUUUUACACGGGCUCUCGUUCUCCUUGUUAUUGUAUACACGUUUAGCUAUUGCUGUGCGCGAGUUGGUGCGGGUGUCUCUCGAUAAUAUUGUUAUUAAUUAUCACGGCGUUAUAACCUGCAGUGUUUUUGUGUGCUCUGUGUUGGGGUAUAUCGCUCUCUGCUGUAUCGCCUUUUUCGGCGGAGGAGAAGCUGCCGUGCAGAGGUAUAGCCGUACGGAUCUGCAGCGGCUUGGGAAAAUCGAAAGGGUGCUUGCCGCGACUCUCUGCUUUGGAGAACGGCUAGAUAUCUCUCGGUGCGCGGAGAGUAAUAUGAGGACAGCAUGAACGUCCCGAUCGUCGCCGGGGACAUCGACGAUGACGGUUACAAGCCGAGAUUUGUCAGGGGUUCGGACCCACGAGUCGCCACAUGUCGGGGAAAGCUGCAGAACAAGCGGAGCAAACUCAACCAGGAGAUCAACAAGGAGCUGCGGUUACGCGCCGGUGCCGAGAACCUCUUCAAGGCAACGACUAACCGCAAGCUCAAAGAGACGGUGGCCCUCGAGCUGAGCUUUGUCAACUCGAACCUCCAGCUUCUAAAGGAGCAGCUCGCCGAGCUGAACAGCUCCGUCGAGCUCUACCAGAAUGACACGAGCGACGACGCGUUCAUGCCGCUGAUACCGCUGGGACUCAAGGAGACGAAGGACAUCGACUUCAGGGAUCCGUUUAAAGAUUUCAUUUUGGAACAUUACAGUGAAGAUGGAGAAAACUACGAAGAAGCCAUCGCGGAACUCAUGGAGACGAGACAGGCAACUCGGACACCAACGAGAGACGCGGCGGGUAUCGGUCUACUCCUUCGCUACUAUAACCAGCUGUACUUCAUCGAGCGACGUUUCUUCCCUCCUGACCGUAGCCUCGGCAUCUACUUCGAGUGGUACGACUCUCUCACCGGUGUCCCGAGCUGUCAGCGUACCGUCGCCUUCGAAAAGGCCUCUAUCCUCUUCAACGCCGGAGCUUUGUACACCCAAGUUGCCGCGAAACAGGACAGGAGAACAGCCAGAGGUUUGGACCAAGCUGUCGACGCUUUUCUCAGAUCUGCUGGGACGUUCAGAUACAUACACGAGAAUUUCACCAAUGCGCCGAGUAUGGAUCUGGGACCGGAUAUGCUGGACAUGCUAGUGCAGCUCAUGCUGGCGCAGGCCAGGGAGUGUCUGUUCGAGAAGCUGGACCUUCAGUCCAGGGACUCCAGGGAUAUCGACGUGUCGCUGGAUCUCGCUCAAGAAGCAGCGCAGGUCGCAGCGGUCUACAGCGACGUGCACGCGCUAAUAUCCAGAGAGCCGGUGCGCGACUACGUGCCAGAGUCUUGGAUCUCCCUGGUGUCCGUCAAACGCGAACACUACCUCGCCAUCUCGCAUAGACACUGCGCGGCCGGAUUGUUGGAUUAUCCCAUGAGUGAUUUGAGACCCGAGACGAGGAUCAUUCUCGAGAGGAUUCAGGUGACCGACGCCAAGACGCAGUUGGAUAUCACCGUACCCAAGUCCGAACACGACAGGCAGCUGCUGGGUCGAGCGCACGUGAGGGAGGCGCUGGUACUUCACGAGGAGAGUCAAAGGCUACAGAGGAUGUGCAGGGAAUUGAAGGGAAAGCAAUCGCUGGUCAAGGUGCUGAGAAAAGCCCAGGACUUGACUAUGGAUGUGUACGGCAGAUCCGGUGACGAGGACGAUCUUAGGGAACUCCUCGACGCGCCUAAUAUUAUAGCGGCGACGAAAUUUCAACUGAGCUUGACGCAUCCGGAUUUCGGCCAACACGGUGUCGACGACCUAUUUCGAUCCCUGGGCCCAGUGGCUAUAUUUUCAGCUAAGCGCCACUGGACGGCGCCAAGGUUGAUCCAGCUGCAACGCGGACCUGCUGGAGAAGGUUUCGGGUUCAGCGUCAGAGGAGACGCGCCUGUCAUCAUUGCCGCUGUCGAUCACAAUUCGUUGGCUGACCUGGGUGGAAUGAAGGAAGGCGACUUCAUCGUGAACAUCGGCGACAAGGACGUCAAGUGGGCAUCGCACGAGCAAGUCGUUCGUCUGAUCAAGCAGUGCGGCGACUCCAUCAGCCUCAAACUCGUCACGCCGAUGGACAGGAAUUAUUUGAAAAAACCAGUGAAAGCCAACAACCGCGACAAGGGCAGCGUGUCAGCGAGUAGUUCGUCCGGUGUCUCGUCGGGUCAGCCGAGUCCAGCUGGUUCCGUGACAACGGCUCACGUGGCCAGGAGGCUGCCCUGGAAUCCCUUCAAGAAGUCUAACGGACAGCGGGACAGCAGAGACUUGACCUUCGACAACGUCAUCCUCAGAUGAUUCGAGUGUCGCGGCCUCGCGUCUUCCAUGAACAGAUUGUGCAGCUGCUCGGGCAAUUCGAAACUCUGAUCGAUACAACGCUGCUAGACGAGGAGAUGGAUUAUUUCGUUAGAGAAUGUACAUAUAUAUAUGGAUAUUUUUUUUUCUUUUUCAUAUCGAUUGUUAUAUGAAGAGACGAAUGUUUUGAAAAUACUGAGUAUAUUUUCACUAAUCGAUUGUUGCCAAACUGUAAAUUGACUUGGUAGUGUUUAACGCUUGUAGAUAUAACAAGAAAUAAGUAUUGAGCUUCGAUAAGUCGUCAAGGAGUGAGAAAAUCUUUACUUAUUUUAGCUAGUUUUGCUAUUAAAAUUGCAAAUUGUAAAUUGAGCUAUCGUUUAGGUGAAUCGGAGUUAAUCUGAGCUAGAUUAUGAAAAAUUAUCCUCCGCAUAAAAUGCAGCCCGAGAGACAAACUUCGUAAUAACGGAGCUCGUUAUUAUACUCUAACGUAAGUUUGGGAUCGGGCUACUUUUUGACCCUUAUCAUCAGAAGUCUUGCUUGUUUCGUGAAGUAUGUAAUAUCUAAAGGAUGUGUAUAUCGAGGAGUUUGUCAGAUUAGGUAAGGUAGAAUUUACACGUUGUUGAGUAUUGCAUUGUAAUUAGCAUUAAUUUUAAGAGGAGGUCCUUUUGGAUGAUUGCCAUAUGUAUCAGUUUGUCGUUUAAAUCUUCGGAUAGAUGCACCUUUUAAGACAAUUUCGAGAAAGAAGGUGAGGAUAUUUUUGUUCUUGAUGAGAAUUGCUUAUGUGUGCAAUAUUUUCGUUGUAUUAAAAGCUUAUAAUAAUGCACGUAUAAAGUAGUGCCAAUAAUUGUAAUGCGCAGAAGGAAAAGUUUAAGCAUCAUACUCGUUAUCUUUUUUCAAUACGAAAUCUUAUAGUAGGCCCAUACUAUUUUAUCAAAGUAAAGUAAUACUUUUUCAAAAUACAUUCCAAAAAUUUUAACCGGAAAGUAAAUUGUAUAUCAAAUUGUUAGCUAUUUUGUAUGUACAUAUAGGUAAUAUGUAAUAUCGUUAAUUGUGUACUUAAUAAUUAUAAAGGAAGUGUGAUUAAUUUUUGUAUAUGAACAAAUUUGUGAAAAAUCAGAAGUAAAUAUAAGUCGUAAUAUAAAAUAAAA